AUGAAACAUCAUGCUGACAAAAAGCGAACCGAACGGACAUUCUCAGUUGGGGACCGUGUGUUCCUCAAGCUUCAGCCAUACGUACAGUCUUCUGUGGCUCCUCGAGCUCAUCAUAAACUCCUCUUCAAAUACUAUGGACCUUAUGAGGUGGUGGAGCGUGUGGGUGAGGUAGCUUAUCGGCUGGCCUUGCCGGAGAGCAGUAGAAUCCACCCUGUGAUCCAUGUUUCACAGUUGAAAAAGGCCAUUGGACCUGAUGUGCAGAUCCAAACUGUUUUGCCCUCUCCUCUUGAUGUGUUACAGGUUCCAACUCGUAUCCUGCAGCGUCGUCUCCGACAACAAGGACCUGUCGCUGUCACUCAAGCUUUGAUCCAGUGGUCCGGGCAACCUGAAGCUCUUGCAACAUGGGAAGAUUACGAUGAUCUUAAGCGUCGGUUCCCUCGUGCACCAGCUUGGGGGCAAGCUGGCCCUCAAGGAAGGGGGAGUGUUAACAACAUACCAGACGAAGGGGACCCACAUGCUGUGGCUCAGAGGGAGAAACAAGACCGGAAGGAGAGCACCAGGUAUGCCAGCAAGGACUGGGCCCGCUGAGGCGUGUCGCGCUGCGAGUGGCUGGCUAUAAAGCAUCGACGUCAAGGAUGGAUGGGUUGGCGAUUGACUGGUGGCUUCGGCCUCUCUGUAAUUUAGCUGUAGCUUUCCCUUUCCUCUCCUCUCAAACAUUCAGGUGUUCUGAAUUCGUUUGCUGAUGAACUAAUUCCUGAGAAAUAGAUCAUACUGCUGCAAUCCACUGUAGAUUCGAGUG